UUGUCAGCAACCGCGGCCGUCUCCCCCCCCUACCGCUGAACGAUUGCAGUCGGCGUCCCCUCAGCAUAGGCCUAGGCCUGGGGGACAUCUGCCGCACAUGUUCCCAACGGCAGACAGCGUGCUCUGCUCAAAGGGCAACUGCACUUCACGGCAGAACGUGAAUCCUAUUCAUCUGAGCACCGCAAUCGUAGUGAUGCUAGGAACAAGAUAAUUGGGAACUAUGGUCUAAUUUCAUCGACCUGCAAAACUUAUCCAUUUGCUGCACAGGUUGUAGACUGCAUUUGUUCGCAUUGAUAAGAUUGAGCUCCCACCGAAAUCAUCCCUAUGACGGACCAGUUAUGCGGAUAGAUUGGAGCUCUCUAUGGGUACAGAGGAGUGGCGAGGGGCCCCGAAAGAAGUAUCUAAUAUCGUGGUUUAUAGACGGAGUAAGUAGGAAGAAACAUCCCACUGGGAGAAGAGCCAGGAGCCAGGGAUGUGGAAUGGAGGAAUAGGAGGAUGUUUCCAACACCUUAUAGUUCUCAUGUUGGCCAUGGAGAAUAUGCUGAUGUAUAUGAUCCAGCAGAGGACACCUUCCUAUUAAUGGAUGCCUUAGAAAAAGAUGUGAAAGAAAUACAGCAGCUCUGUCCCAGUAUUUGCCUUGAGGUUGGAACAGGAUCUGGUGUUGUCUCUGUAUUCCUAGCUUCCAUGAUUGGGCCUACCUCAUUUUAUCUCUGUACAGAUAUUAACUCCUUGGCUGCUGCUUGCACACUAGAAAGUGCCAGGCAAAAUGGGGUGAACAUCCAGCCAAUCAUUACUGAUCUGGUCACAGGAUUGUUGCCACGACUACAAAAUCAAGUUGAUGUGUUAAUAUUUAACCCUCCUUAUGUUGUAACUCCCUCAGAAGAAGUUGGUACUCAUGGUAUAGAGGCAUCUUGGGCUGGUGGAGAAAGAGGUCGUGAGGUCAUGGAUCGGUUUUUUCCUCAGGUCUCAAGCCUUCUCUCCAGUCAGGGAAUAUUUUAUUUGGUUACAGUUCAGGAAAAUGACCCAGAGGAAAUAAUAGAGUCAUUGAACAGUUUUAAAUUGAAAGGGACCGUGUUUAUUUCAAGGCAAGCUGGGAGAGAACGUCUGUCAGUGCUCAAAUUUUGGAAAGCCUGAUUGUUGAGUUCUGGUUCUCUUUCAUCAAAACCACAAGAAACCAUUAUCCUAGGCAGGAAAGAAAUGGACAGUCCUACCUACUGCUUUCCUUAUGCCUGCCCAGAGAAUUCUAAGCACCAGCAUCUGUACACCAGCACUGUAGUCCAAUUAAAAUACAGUUGAAUGCCUAGAACAAUUUCCAUGGAAAACUGGAGAUAAUUCAAUACCACAAAUGAGUACUUGAAACUGCCCCUCAGAAGACUUGUAACCUAGAGGCAUUUUUUUGAAUGCAGGUUUUGAAGGUCAAUGACUUGAUGAUAUUAUGCUGAAAAUUGCUUAAGGCAAAGCAAAUGAAAGUAUAUAUGGUAACUUGCAAGGUAAUGCAGUCAUUGCAGGAUGCCCAUUCUGCAAAGGAAUUAAUUGGAGCAGCAACAGUAAAGGAAAACAAGCAAACUGCAAUCAAGUCAUGCUGAAAGGAAUAGUGUGAUUUGGGAUGAUCUGAAAUCUUUUGCCAAAUAACAACAGGUGAAGCAAUUCUCUGUAUCCAAUUGUAAUAAAUGUAUUUUAAAUCCUAAAGUAUUGCCUUGCACCGCAUUCAGUCUGAAAUGAUUUUCUGUGCAUUUCUAACGCAAUAUGACAAAUGGGGAUUUUAUGAAAAAGGAAUGUAAUUAAGUUAAUUCACUAUUUGAGUACAACAGUUCAGUAAUGAAAAUAAAUGACUUAAUUAGAAAAUAAACCUAAAAUAGUGGUUUAAAAUGGUUUAACUGAGUGAUAUUUUUUCCACCUUGGGGAAAUGUACAAAAUGAUUUUUUCCAAGACUUACACUACUUAGAUAAUUGUAUUGAAAGCUGGCCAGUUUAUUAACAACAAAGAAAACCCUGCAGAUGCUGGAAAUCAGAAUAAAUAUAGAAAAUGCUGGAAGCAGAGGAGAUCAGGAAACAACUGUGGAAAGAUAAACACAAUAAAUGUUUCAGGUCGAAGGCCCUUCUUCACAAUGACCCUUCUGUCUUUCUAGUGAAGGUACUCCCACAGUGAUGUUGGUGAGAGAGUUCCAGGAUUUGAACCCAGCAUUGAUGAAGGACUGGCAAUAAAUUUUUAAAUCAAGGUUAUGUGCAAGUUGGA